GAUACAGUACUGUAGUCCAUGAAAAUGGGCUACAGAAACUUGGAUUUGCUUUGUACACGCAGUAUUGAAAGGCAAACUAUCAAGUGAUGAAAAAUGUGCAUGGAUGCUUCCAAGUCAUCAAGGACUGGAAUGUUUGGCCUAGGCUAUACAAUGCAAGGGUUUUCUGUUGUCUUAUGUGUAGGCUACAUCAGGCCCUAUAGAUAACGUUAAUGCCUUCUUUCAAUCAUUCACAUAAGAAAUAUAGGCUGCAUUUCGCACGCCAACCCAAAUCCAAAGUUAGUUAUGCCAAUGCAGCUCCCUGUGAUCCCCUUGCUGAUGGAACUUCGUCCGGAGCAGGUCAGUCAUAUGUUUUCUACCACGUCAUGAGGAAGGAAGUGACCAGCAGGCGGACUUUCGUGGCACCUUUUGAUUCUGACUGUUCUUGUUUGAAUGUCUACCUGAUCACAGAGAAAACAUGGAGCCGGGUUAUGUGGGUGAAAAUGACGGUCUGACGUUUUGGCUGGCAAGACCCGAAGAUUAUGAUGAUGUCAUGUCCAUAUCACAGGACAUAUACAGGGGAAAUGACUACCUACCCCACCGAUAUCAUGAGUGGAUGGACGAACCUGACCGAGUGGUCAUACUGGCCAGGAGAGCAGGCAAACUGGUGGCAUUAGAGUCUGGGAUAGUGGUGGAUGAUGGUCAGACAGUGGUGGUGGAGGGCUUACGGGUCUGUCCCAGCGAGAGAGGCCAUGGAGUGGCAGGGGUCAUCCAGGCAUUUGCUGAUAGCUACAUGAAGAAGCUCUACCCCAGCAUCAAGGUGAAGCACUUGACCCGAGGAGACGAUCCAGGACCGGAGAAACUGUCCAAGUUUCGACUGUUGGCCAGGAGGGCUAUUCUGUCUUUAUCUGGAGAGACAGAGAGUUUUGAUGGCUUUAUCUCGGCGCUGAAGGCGAAGCUGAUGUCAAAUGAAGGAGCGGGCGGGUCGGGCGGCACACACCUGGCCCUGGAGACGGAGCAGCAACUCCGGACCAUCCUGCUGGAACCAGACAUCGUCUCCAGGCUACAGCUGCCUGGUGGUGCAAUCAUCCAGGACUGGCAGCCCCUGCAGCCAAUAGAAAGCAACCUAGCGGUGCUGAGGAGGCGGAACCUCGCGUGGUUUGUGGGCGGGCCACCUGAGAAGCCGGCGUUUGUGAGUUUCUACACGCCGCCGUACCCUGUGACAUUCAACGGGGGGGCGCUGCGACUCAACAUCGACCUGUACGGCACGGACCAGGGCCUGGCGUGCGGGGCGCUGCUGGCCAACCUGGAGAAGGUCAGGGCGGAGCUGAGGGGCACAGUGGCGAUGCACGUGUACAUGCACGGCUCGUUGUAUGAGAGCCUCAGGACGUUCUGCCAGACUGAGACAGGGGUGCAGGAGUGCUGGGAGAAGUGGGAGCAGCUGUUUCUGGAAAGAGAUUUGUAAUGAGAGGGGGGGGGGGGGGGGGGAUUGAGUGUGUGUGUGUGUGUGUGCACAUGUAUGUGAGCGCAUGCGUGUGUGUG